GUUUUCACUAUGCGGUCAUAAUUAUUGUGGUAUACCUCUGACUAUAAUUAUUAUGUAAAGUGUUCAUAUCAGGAGCUCUACCACUUGCACUAUAGCAACUAAAGCAAAAAGUAAAGAUGACUCAAUUGCUCUUGGCCUGUAGUAUCCAGAUGCUACUUCUGUGUCUGCCUGCCAUGCAAACUGCAUCAACAUGCCCUGCAUGUGGAGAUUAUGGCAUAGCCAUGAGUGAAGGUGUCUCUCUCUUGUGCAACAACACAACUGUGGAGAUUGUGUACAGUCUCUCAAACUACUUGACUUUAGCUCUGAUGUGCACCAGCCCUGACAGAAAUACGAUAAAGGAAAUAACCAUCGAAUGUGAGUCGGACCGUGGACACUUCAGCAAGACACUCAACCUGACAGCUGAGGGUAUUCUGCCGGGAGACGAGUGUGUUGCUAGAGGUUGCUACGAGGAUGAUUUCUACGAAUCAUAUAACCUGGCCAGCUACAGCUGUACAAUACCCCGUGACUGUGUGUGGAGUGAGUGGGGAGAGUGGAGCGAGUGUGACGGUGAGUGUGGAGAGGGGAGACAGACCAGGAGCAGGGUCGUUGUGACCACAUCAAAGGGAACUGGGAGGGACUGCUCAGGACUCUCCAGCCAGAACAGGACGUGCAACAACAACCCAUGUUUAGAAAUUACAGCUGUGCCAUCACCCGCAGCAACUGCUUAUUUUCCAGUGACUAUGGGAGAACAUAGUCCUAGUACUAGUUCAGAGUGGACAGUUCCAGUGAUGGCAGCUCUUUUCAGUGCGCUCCUUCUUGUGCUAAUCAUAGCCACCACACUAAUCCUACUCCUGAUUGUCUGCUGUACCACUAGAACUAGAAGGCUCGGCAAAGUGUCGUUUUUAAGAGAUGCCUCGACAGUGAUCAAUAACGAAGCCUAUGUGGUGAAAGUCAAACACUAAAGUUGAACUGUGGACAAUAAAAUAAUUAUUGGCUUGAUAUAAAAUGUUAAAAAUCCUUAUUUGACUGUCAUAAUGUUUUCCCUUUGUUUUCUGUGCUGCUCUGAAUGAUGAUUGUGGUUUUAAGGUG